CAAAAAUAAAAUAUAAACGUCGUCGAUUGGAGCGCGAGAGAAUGAUUUUAAAAUCUCGCACGAUAACGGCUACUUCCAAAUUCUGCUGGUUCCUUUCUCUCUUAUUCUUAUCAUCUCACUUCUCACUUCUCACUUCUCACUUUCUCUCCCAUCAAAAUCAACGCUAACAGGUAACACAGUUCGCAUCUCAAUUUCGCAUUUUCAAAUGGCUUCAACGCACCACGACAACGCAGGAUCUACUCCCGCCCGCAAGGUUCGGGUUGUGGCCAAACUCCGAGGCAGUUUGCGUCAGGAGCCUGAUUCCGAGCCUAAGCUCAAUUCAUGGAUCUCGGUGAAUAAGCCACAAGGGGAGAAUUUUGAGAGCGUUACUUUAUCCUUUGGAGAACAAUCUUCUAGUCGGUAUUGGAUGCAUUAUUGCUAUGAGGAACAUGAGGAGAAUGAGUUGAUAUAUUCAAGAGAGGUUAAACCUCUUGUUUCAGCAGUGUUUGAAGGUCAUAAUAGCACCGUUAUUGCGUGUGGAGCUAGAGGCAGUGGCAAGACCCACCUAAUUCAGGGUUCUGCUGAAAAACCGGGUCUGGCAAUGCUUGCAAUUGCUGAGUUCACCUCCUUGGCUGAGAAAAAUGGGAAGUGGAUAUCCAUUUCUUUCUAUGAAGUUGAUCACCAGGAUCAUGCUGUUGAUUUAUUAAAUCCAGGACACCCACCAAUUUUGGUUUAUGAAGAUCGUGGUAGAAUUCAGUUUAAAGGACUAAGUCAAAUUCCUGUGAAAUCCGUUGCCGAAUUUCAGAACUUCUACUUUGCUGCAUGUUCUGCGCAAAAGACUAUUACAAGAAAGGGCUUUGAACAUGCUCGUAGAAGUCACAUGGGAUUAAUUGUGAAUGUCUUUUCUCAAAAUGCAAGUGUAGAAAAUGGUCUUGUGAGCAAAAUGAGUUUCGUUGAUUUGGCAGGUUAUGAAGAUGCUAGAAAGAAAAGCAGUGACACCAUUUGCCUUGCUGAGACUAACAAAAUUAACAAGUCCAUUUAUGCCUUAAUGAAUGUUUCUCAUGCUUUGAGCACCAAUGAAAGCCGAGUUCCCUAUCGAGAAAGCAAACUUACACGCAUGUUGCAAGAUUCGUUGAGGGGGACUGGCAGAAUUUUGAUAGUUGCCUGUUUGAACCCAUCAUUUUGUCAAGAUACUAUUUACAUGGUAAGCUUAGCAUCACGAUCAUGUCAAUCAAUUCAACGAACAUUCUUAGAUUCAACAAAGAAAAUUUCAAGUUCAGCAAGCCAGAUUAAGACUUAUCAGAAGAGGCAGAUGACCAAGAGUGUUUUGAAAUCCGCUAGGAAAAUACCUGCCUCUGUAUCAUAUCACUCGGAAAAGAAGGUUGUUGCUGCACCGAAGUCUGCAAUCAAAGCAAGGAAAUUAUUUGAUGAAGCAAGCAAUUCUGCUGCUAGAGCUAAAAAGGAAAUUUCCAUGGUACAAAAUUCAUCUGAGACUCUAUUGGUAAACCAGGACAAUUCACUAGACAUUACUGGAAAUCAUGUUGAAUCCAACACUAAAGUGGUAAAGGAUAAUUCACUGCCAGAUGCUAGUAAGAAUGUGAAAGGCAAUCUGAUGGUGGAAAAUGGUGAUUCGUCUUUGAAUACUAGCAGUGAAGUGGAAAUCUACCCUAUAGAGGAAAAGGGAAUUUCUCUCAAUGGAGAGAAUCAUCAAGAUGCCAGUAAUUUCUAUGAGGCGGUGGAAUUAGUUCACGAAGACCUUAACAUGAACAAGGAGAACAACAGUUUAAUGAUAAUUGAACAAGGACAACAAGCAUUGGCAAUGGUUCAAGAAGGUAGAUGUCAAAACAUAAACAAAGAGAACAACAGUUCAAUGGCAUAUGAAGGUGGUUCUACACCAAUCAGUUCUCAAUUGCGUGAUCUUUCUAACCGUUUUAAAUGGCUCUAUUCGUCAACACCAUGGCAGAUAUCAGAAAAGGAAUGCAUUUCACUUGAUAGCACUUCUGUAGAUAUCAUGGAACCCAAAACUCCUGUAGUUGAACAAACUACGAGCCUUAAUGAUAGACGGGAUAUAAUGAAUCCCAAAAGUCCAUGGGAAACAUUUAGUGUGCAUGGUUCUGGCAUGAAGAAUUCUCUUGUUGAAGAAUAUCUAAGAUUUUUAAACUCAGCUAACAAGGAAGAAUUAAAAAAAUUGAAGGGAAUUGGAGAGAAGAGAGCAACCUACAUACUUGAGCUUCGCGAAGAAUCUCCCGAGCCUUUCAAAAGUCUUGAUGAUUUAAGGGAUAUUGGACUUUCAGCAAAGCAGAUCAAGGGAAUUAUGAAAAAAGAAGUUGGAGAGCUUUUCAACUAGCUGAAAAGUGAAUAUGUUUGUCUGUGCAGUACUGCAGUAACCUUGUACUACGUUUGUAUCCAGAGAAAAUUAUAUGAAUGGCAACCUGAAGUUGCUCUAUGUAAUGUUGUAACCUUGACUUUGUGGGCAUUGGUAAUUGCGUUUGAUAGUUUCAUUGCUA